GAUGGUUCAGGAAUAAACACACACACACAGUCCUCGCCGUGGACGGUUGGCAGACCAACUAACAUGUACCCAGGGAGAAGGCCUGGGCAGCGGAAGGGUGGAGUGUUAUGACUGAGAAAGCAGGGAUGGUGGAAGAAGAGGAAGAGUGACAAGUAGAAAGAAGACGGAGAGAAGUUCUUGACAGAGUUUCAAGAGGCGCUGUCGAAGAAUCACGUCUGGACAUUCUCCACGUCAGACAGGCCGUCCACCAUGUCUGUCCCCCUGGAGCAGGGCUCCUACCCCGGGGACAGGGACAGGGAGCAGGCAGGUCUGGGGACCCUACAGAGACAGCUCAUCUGUCCUAUCUGUCUGGAAGUAUUCACCAAACCAGUGGUCCUCCUGCCAUGCCAACACAACCUCUGCAGGAAGUGCGCCAACGACCUCUACCAGCCCUCUCUGUUCCAGGUGGGGUCUGGAGGGAGGUUCCGCUGUCCGUCCUGCAAUCAGGAAGUUGUGUUGGACCGUCACGGUGUCUACGGGCUGCAGCGCAACCUGCUGGUAGAGAAUAUUAUUGACGUCUACAAACAGGAGUCCACCAGAUCUAGAUCCCAGUCGUCAAAGCCUGCGGGCCAGCCCACCUGUGAGGAGCACAACGGUGAGAAGGUCAACAUUUACUGCAUCACCUGUCAGGUGCCCACUUGUUCCCUCUGCAAGGUGUUCGGUGCCCACAACACCUGCCAGGUGGCACCGCUGACACAAGUCUACCAGCAGCAGAAGGCUGAGCUGAGUGAGGAGGUUAGCUCCUUGGUGGCGUCGAACGGCCAGGUCCAAGCCUUCAUCGAUGAGUUGGAAGUGACCUGCAAGACUGUUGAGGAGAACUGUAAGACCCAGAAGCAGACAGUGUGUGAGAAGUUUAACCGUAUCCUCGCCAUCCUGGAGGAGCGACAGAGGAUCAUGAAGCAGCGAGUCACGUACGAGCAGGAGGAGAAGACGGGUCACGCUCGUUCCCUGGUACGAUCCUACAGAGAGAGCUUAGAGACCAGCACCAAACUGGUAGAGACUGCUGUGACCACCAUGGAGGAACCUGAGAUGGCUGCCUUCAUGAAGAUUGCAAAAGACUUGAUUGUAAAGGUGAAUGAGGCGUCCAGUACCUGCAUAGUGGAGACCCUGGAGCCUGGUUAUGAGAACAUGGACCACUACAGGGUUAACUUCAACGCAGAGAAGAGGGCUCUGUACAAGUUGGACUUCAUCAAAGUGGAGGAGGAGGGAGAGGAGGUUCCUGAGGAGGCAGAACCAGAGCCGGAACCAGAAUGUGAACCAGUUCUGGACCUAGAACCGGAGGCCGUUCUGGAACCAGCAACAGUUCAUGAACCAGUGGCACUGCCAGCACUGGUGCAAGAACUAGAGCCAGAAUUAGUACCACAGCCAGUGCCGGUGACAGUGCCGGUGCCAGUGCUGGUGGAAGACCUACGGACAGAACCAGAGCAGGUGCCAGUGACAAAGCGACAGCUAGUUCCAGAACAUGUGGCAGUUCUAGAGCCGCUGGAAGUUCUAGAACCAGAGUCUGCAUCCAGUCAGGUCCUGGAUGCAGAGCCUGUGUUGGAGCUGAAGACAGUGGGAGAGUGUUGGGGACUGAAGGACCCAGCAGAGCUGACAGAGCAGCUCAGGGAUCAAGCAGAGGGGUGUGAUGCAGACCUGCAGAAAGAGGAGUUCUGUGACCGAGAGGGCUUAAAUACACAACAGGCUGUCACGCUCUUCUUCUUCAUCCUGGCCCUGGUCAUCAUGCUCCAGACUGUGUGGGCCCACAUCAAGAGCCUUGCUUUUAUAUAGCAGAGAACAGCAGCAUGAUUCCCACUGCAACCUGGUUGACAAUACUAAGAUUGAGCCUGGGUCAGAGAACCACACACCACAGGAAGGUGGUCCCUCCUCCCACUCCUCCCCCUCCUCUCCUUCCUCCAGUGAGUCCCCUCAUCUCAGCUUCUCUUCCUCCUGGCUCAACGCUCUCCCCAAGAAGAAGAAAUGAAGAAGAGAUUGUCUGUACCACCGAGGGCCUGUCUGAGCCAUCAUGGCUACAGAGGGCCUGUCUGAACCAUCAUGGCUACAGAGGGCCUGUCUGAGCCAUCAUGGCUACAGAGGGCCUGUCUGAGCCAUCAUGGCUACAGAGGGCCUGUCUGAACCCUCAUGGCUACAGAGGGCCUGUCUGAACCAUCGUGGCUACAGAUGGCCUGUCUGAACCCUCAUGGCUACAGAGGGCCUGUCUGAGCCAUCAUGGCUACAGAGGGCCUGUCUGAGCCAUCAUGGCUACAGAGGGCCUGUCUGAACCCUCAUGGCUACAGAGGGCCUGUCUGAACCCUCAUGGCUACAGAGGGCCUGUCUGAACCAUCAUGGCUACAGAGGGCCUGUCUGAACCAUCAUGGCUACAGAGGGCCUGUCUGAACCCUCAUGGCUACAGAGGGCCUGUCUGAACCCUCAUGGCUACAGAGGGCCUGUCUGAACCAUCAUGGCUACAGAGGGCCUGUCUGAACCCUCAUGGCUACAGAGGGCCUGUCUGAACAAUCCCUACAGAGGGCCUGUCUGAACCCUCAUGGCUACAGAGGGCCUGUCUGAACAAUCCCUACAGAGGGGACAGGCCAGGUAGAGACAAGGCCAAGAUGGUUGAAACGUCAAUGAUGUCAAAUUCUUCUAAUUAAAUGAUUUUUAACGUCAAGAGCCGAGAGCUGCAUGUGUUUUCCCAGGCACACAGAGAAAAGCAUACUCAAUAUUCACUGACCAUUUUGCAGGUCUUAAAUCUGGUACCUACUGUACGUUAUUGUGCUCAUGUACACUAUGUGUUAGGGUAGGAUACGAUUUAAAUAUCUCUUCAUUAUUUGUUCUACUUCAUUGAUUGUUAUUAUCAUGUGAUGCAUGAUGGGUCUAUCCAGUGUGUGUGUGUGUGUUUAUCUGUUGGGAAAUUUUCUUUAGCAUAUCUAGUUUUGUUGUUCUGGCGUCGCACCGAUGCAUGAUAAGUUGUCGUUUUCACUGUUCUUGUUAAUCCCUGUAUACAGAGCCUUCAGAAAGGUUUCACAACACUUGACUUUUUCCACAUUUUGUUGUGCCACAGCUUGAAUUUUAAAUGUAUUAAAUUUAGAUUUUGG